GUUCUUAUCUCUAGAGCGGGAUGAAUACUUAUGUACUAACACGGUCAUUUGAAAAUCUGUUGUGGAGAGAACGAUGCCACGAAUGCUUUCAGUUCUAGCUGUGCUUUGGAGUUGCAUCUUUUUUAGCGAUGCUCACAUAUGUGCAAGUUCCCAUCAGUGUGUUCCCAGGGAAAAUUGUCGACGGGAGGAGCCCAUUUUUGAUCUAAGUUCCACCAUCAAUUGCAGCGACUUGGAAGUCUGCUGUAAAAAGUCUAAUGUGAUUGACAAAAAGCGCAGUACUCCGUCACUUCCACCGGGAUCCCUUUGUGGCAUGACUAAUCCCAAUGGCCUAGAUGAAAACCGACAGGUGGAUGGAAACCAGGCCAGACCAGGUCAAUUUCCUUGGGCGAUGGCCUUGUUCUCCAAGGGCCAGUAUUUCGGAGGAGGGUCUCUGAUUACCCCAGGACUAGUACUAACAGCAGCCCACAUUCUGGUGCAUAAGUCCAGUGCUCACAUUAAGGUCAGAGCAGGCGAAUGGGACUUGUCGUCGUCCAGUGAGCUACCUUAUCCUCCCGAGGAGCGUCAAGUGACCAAAAUCAUUAUACAUGAGGGGUUUCAAUUCAUGACCGGCGCCAACAACUUGGCUCUCCUCUUUUUGGAUUCACCAUUCCAGAUCAAGCCCCAUAUUCAGACCAUAUGUUUACCAACUUCGGGUGAGACCUUCGCAGGAAGGCGCUGCUUGGUUGCCGGUUGGGGACAAAGAUCAUUUGGCGAUGACAAACUUUUGCCCAUACAACAGCAAGUCGAACUGCCCAUAGUGGAUGGCUCAAGGUGUCAGGAUCAACUGAGGCGGACUAGGAUGGGCUGGAACUAUACAUUGCCCGACAGCCUAAUUUGCGCCGGCGGAGAGUGGGGCCGCGAUGUGUGCUCCCAAAGCGGAGGUUCCGCCCUUUUCUGCGCCCUCGAGAACGACCCCAAUCGAUAUGAACAGUCUGGCAUCGUCAACUGGGGCAUCAAGUGUGGUCAGGAAAAUGUUCCAGGCACCUACACACAUGUUUCCAAGUUCAAGGAGUGGAUUGAUCCGCACUGGCAGCAAGUGCUCAGCGUGCCGGGGGAUUUAGUUGCCUCCAUGCGCGGUAGUCUUUGAGCAAAAGGCCCGAAAUUUCAAAACUCAAGAUGUUUUUCCAAAACCUUUAGCAGUAAACCUCUGAAUAAAAAAAUUGUAUAUAAUUAGUUUUUGGCUUGGGUAUUUUUUAUUAAACAAAAAAAUAUAAAUUUUAUAUUUUAUUUGA